GGUCGUCCACGAGUCGGUGGCCUUGUCGACCAAGAGAACACUUUGAUACCAGACGCUUGACGCUACUAUAAUGAGACUGGUAUCAUCUCUUCAACCUGGGCUUGUCCUUGCUCUUGGUCUAUACCUUGUGCUGGCAGAAAAAGAAGAGGUGAAGGUUGGCAAGUCUGAUGUUACGUCUGUAGCAGUGAAGAGAUCCUUCGAUUCAAUCAACAGGGGCAGUGGCUUAAGUGGCUUCAUGAAGCGUGGAUUCGAUAAGAUAUCUCACAGCAGUGGGUUUUCGGCCUUCAACAAACGACCCUUUGAUUCAAUAUCCGGUUCAAGUGCUUUCUCUGACUUCGCUAAGAGACCGUUUGACUCCAUUGCUUCUGGUGGAGGAAUGGCAGGUUUUGCUAAGCGUCCAUUAGAUUCAAUUUCUGCCGGAAGUGGGCUAUCCGGAUUUGCCAAACGUCCCUUUGAUUCCAUAGCAGCUGGUAGUGGUAUAUCGGGGUUUGCAAAGCGAUCCUUUGACUCCAUAAAUGCGGGCAGUGGACUGUCGGGAUUUGCCAAGCGUCGAUUCGACAAAAUCGGGGGUGGAACUGGAAUUUCGGGAUUUGCUAAACGACCGUUCGACUCCAUUGCAUCUGGUAGAGGUAUGUCUGGAUUUGCUAAGCGUCCCUUCGACUCUAUCGCAGCAGGAAGCGAUCUCUCCGGUUUCGCUAAGAGACCAUUUGACUCCAUUGCCUCCGGGAGAGGUAUGGCAGGAUUUGCAAAACGUCCUUUCGACUCAAUUUCGUCAGGAGGCGGUAUGGCUGGCUUUGCGAAGAGGCCGUUUGAUUCCAUCAGCGCCGGAAGUGGGAUGUCAGGGUUUGUCAAGAAAUCUUUCGAUAAAAUUGCCCAUGGAGGUUUCGCAUCUUUCAACAAAAAGUCAGACAGUGAGGUAGAAAAACGACCAUUCGAUUCAAUCAGUCAGGGUGCUGGAAUGGCAGGCUUUGCCAAACGACCAUUCGAUUCGAUUGGUUCUGGAGGCUUCUCCACUUUCGUCAAGAAAGGCCUGGACUCAAUUUCACACUUCAGUGACAUGGAUGACUUCGGCAAGAGGUCUGUGGAUAAUGCUGUCGAAUCUGAGAGUGAUGAACGAAAAUGAAAGUUGAACAACAAUAAAGACACAUGCAAGGCUAACAUGAUCGUCCAGAAAAGAGUAUGCAUAUCAAAACGUUACUUUCGCACUGAAACCUUUAACUCCUUCUGACAUAUAUGAUAUGAAGAAGCCAUUAAUGACAGUGGCCCUACAUUUUGUACAUGAAAUUCAAGUUCACAUCCAAUUUGAGAAAGAAUGCUUGUGUAUCCUAUUGACUGCGUGCAUACUAAAAGGUAUUACACAUACAUGUACUAGGUCUGACAUACAAAUCAAACCACUGUAACUGUUGACACACGAAUAAUGUUUCUAUGAAGUGUACCAUUAAGACGCUUAACACUUUGUAUACAAACAGCCUUAAUCUUUUUGAAAGAGUUUAUAUCAAAAUUUAAAGGAAUAUAUUUUGUGUUGUUAGAUAUUUAUUUGUUAUGAACCGCUUCGGCAAUAAAGAGUUGAAGAGUG